GUCAACAUGCGCGUUGACAAUGCGGCGGCUCUUUCGCACGCAUUUAUGAUUCCUCGGAAAAUCGAAUCUUGGAAAACCCAAUGUCAAGAUGACAUAACGCUAUGUACAGUGGGUUGCCAACAGCUACGGUUGCUAGGGGAGUUUAUUGGAGAUCUGAAGGCAAGGAAGCGUGGCAUUCUCGCAGAAAACUUGAACACUGAAAAUGGCGAUGGCGUCGAUCCAAGGCCACAACGACUCCGUGUUGUCGAGCUUGGAGCCCGGUGACCAGGUGGAGUUUGAGAGGGGAAUUUACUCUCACUGGGGCGUGUAUAUUGGUGAUGGUUACGUGAUCCACCUGGCAAGCGUUGAUGGUCAGAGCUUCAACAAGGCUGAGAAAGCCGUUGUCCGAAAAGACAAAAUCAUGGAUGUUGCUGGGAAUAGCAGGAUGAACAAGAACAACUCAAAGGAGGAGAAAUACGGGCUAAAAGCCUACAGCAAAUCCGAGAUCGUGAAGAGAGCCACGAACCAGCUUGACAGGACAGGGUAUAAUUUGCUUGCCAGCAACUGUGAGCAUUUCGCCUCGUGGUGCUGCUACGCCAUUGAAAUACAUGACCAGGUGGGAAUGUGUAGCUUUGCGCGAUGA